AUGGUGGUGUUUGUUGACUACGACAAUGACCCUGUGGGCAAACAUGCCGUGCUAAAAAGCCCGGAUGCCUUCCAGCCUCCAUAUGUUGACCCGGGGAAGCCCGGGGUCUCGAAGCUGAGCGUCGGCUUUGAACUGCCGUCCAGCGAGAACCCGUCUGCUGAAGUUCCCCGAGGGGCCUCAAGUUCCUCUGAGAAUGAGCAGCAAAACUCCACUAUUCGGAAUGCGUUCUCAGUAGCUUUAGGCUGCUAUCCGAUUGCCAAGGAGAUCGCUCGGUCGGUCGACCUCAGCACGUUGUAUGCCCUAUCCGGGACAUGCCGCCAGUUUUAUGCGAACCUGAGCCCUUACCGGCAUCAGCUCGCCAAGCAGACUUUACGUUGCGAGAAUGAGUAUAUUGAGACACUCUCGGACAUGCUGCAAAGCGGCGCCGCCAUUCCGGACAGCGUCAAAUCCGUAAUUCGGCUGCUGAGUCGGGGUGCAGUGAGUUCCGGACAACUGACGAGCGGCAAGAUCGCGAAAUGUGCUCGAGAUAUGGUUGCCGAAUGUCGUGGUUGUUCGAAAGUUGUCUGUCGCAACUGCACAGCGAAACCCCCGAAUAGCGCGACUUUGAAGAACCGAAUUCGCCGACUAUGUACGACUUGUCGUAGAGUGCCGCUGAAUAAACUCGUAACCUCGUCUCUUCAUGCCCCUCUACCUUCGACGACGGCCGAUACCACGAACAAGACAUCUACUGUGCUAUUGCGGGAUACAUGUACUUGCCAAGAUGUAUUAUGGCUCUGCAACCAGUGUGGCCAAAAGCUGCGCAGGAAUGAUACUACAUACCGCCGGGUUUGGACAUGGCGUACACGAUACAGCACAUACCUAGGUGGCCUGGGGACAGGAAUUGGCGAAGGCUGCCAAGGCGUCAAAUGCGGACGUGGGGAGAGCUGCCUUGCAGGCCAGGAAAUUGAGCUGGAAGUAGAGUGCGAGGCCGAUGAGUCAAUGUCGCACAGCCCGCCUGAGUAUGGUUAUCAUUUCGGACAUAGAUUCGAACAGGCCCAUAAUGGCUCUCAUAAUCAUUCGCACGAGAGGUGGGAAGACCCCGAGGAAAGGGAACCUGGAUAUCUAAGACAGGAGAUCAUCGGAAUCGGAGGAAGGGUGAAGCAGAGGGCAAAGAAGCGAGUCAUGGUAGGCGCUUGUGUUGUUGAGCACGAAGACGAGCGGGACACGGGUGACUACCUUACCCGUGAGGAGGAGGGAACGCAUCGAAGCUGGUGCGGUUGGUGUUGGAGAGUUAUUCCUGCGAAACAAGAGGCCUCCGCCGUUCAGAACAUGUAG